AUGGACACCACUGACAUGGCGACGGCGAUGGAGGAGACCACCCGAUUCGACGACCUCCCGGUGAGCUGCGUGGCCCACGUGCUGGCGCUCACCUCCCCUCGUGACGUCUGCCGCUGCGCUGCCGUGUCACCGAGUGCGACACGGGAGCGCUUUGUCCCGGCGGACUACCUCGCCAUCCUCCUGCGCUCCAGCUCCGGCCGCUCGCCGCCGCCGUCGUCUAAGAAGAAAGCCUACCUCCGCCUCUCCGACAACGCCGUCCAGGUCGGCGACGGCUGCGACACGGCGGUGUGGCUGGCGAGGGGGAGCGGCGCCAAGUGCGUGGCGCUGUCGGCGAGGAAGCUGAGCCUGUCGUGGGACGACGGCGAGUUCAGCUGGAGAUGGACGCCUCACCCGCUCUCCAGGUUCCCGGAGGUGGCCCAGCUGGUGGGUUGCACAGGCCUGGACAUCUACGGCCGGCUGCCGGUCUCGGCGCUGACACCGGCCACCAACUACGCGGCGUACCUGGUGUUCAGCGUGGCCGACGUAGGCCACCGCGGCCUGAGCUUCCCGGACCAGGAGACCACGGUGGUGGUUGGAGGCCGUGCGGCGUCGAGCCGCGCCGUGUGCCUCUGUCUGAACGAGGAGGAGGAGCCUCGCAAGUUCAGGGGCGUGGUCGACGCAGACGGUGUGAGGCGGCCGGAGCGACGGGAUGACGGGUGGUCAGAGAUGGAGAUGGGGCGGCUGCGUGUGGACGAGACUGUGGCGGCCGAGGAGGGGGUGGUGGUGAGCUUCGAGGUGCUGGGGUGGUACCCCAAGCACGGGCUCAUCGUCGAGGCCGUAAAGUUUAGGCCACUCUGA